UCAUGAGGAGUCUAUCUGUGAGAGGACGCACGCAUUCAUCACCAUUAUAUGUCAUCGGGGGGAAAAAGAUGGAUAGCAGAUGCCAUUGCUUAACCAACAAUGAUAGGGUUUUGAAUCCCAUCCUCUACAACAUCCUGAGCCAAAUGGACAGCAGCAUGCAGAGCCAAGACUGCCUCAACUACAUCUCAGUGCCUCACAGGUGCAACUGCGAGGUGCGCCGGACACUGUGCUUAAAAAGUCCAAGUGAGAUCUGCAAAGAAGCCUCAGCAGUUCUGGUUAAAACCGUCCACUUCAUUAAGAGCCUGCCUGCGUUCAACCAGCUGCCACUGAGUGAUCAGUUUGCGCUGUUGAGAAGCUGCUGGGCUCCCCUCUUUAUUCUGGGGCUGGCUCAAGAACAUGUGGACUUUGAGGUUACAGAUGCCCCCGCUGACAGCAUGCUGAAAAAGAUUCUUCUGAACCGCCAGGAGAGCCCCGAGGCUAAAAGGGAGCAGCCCACCAUGGCAGGCGUCAGCAAACUCAAGUCUUGCCUCAAAAAGUUUUGGAGUUUGGAUUUAAGCCCAAAGGAGUAUGCAUACCUGAAGGGAACCACGAUAUUCAAUCCAGACGUUCCGGAAUUAAAGGCUGGAUUGUUUGUGGAGGGCUUGCAGCAGGAAGCUCAGCACGCCCUGAGGGAGGUGGUGCAGCUCCUUCACCCGGGUCGCGAGGAGCGCUUCGCUCGAAUCCUGCUCACAGCUUCCAUGCUGCAGGGCAUCACACCCACCCUCGUCACCGAGCUCUUCUUCCGGCCCGUCAUAGGCCAGGCUGACCUGCUGGAGCUGCUGGUCGACAUGCUCUUUUACAGAUAAGAACAGUGGACCUCAGCUGAGGGACUUUAAACCACAUGACACCCAGGCUGGGAAAGGAAUGUUGGACGGCUGCUGUGAAGCAGAUUAUAAAACCCCACAAAAAAAAUGUAGAUUUGAUGAACAAGCCACCAUGAUUGCUCACAUUCACGCAAAGCUGAGGUCACUUUAUCUCUGUGUCAACAGAUUUCCUUCCCCUAAGUAGAAGGAUUUUCACACAGUGGCAGACUUGUCUCUUUCUAUUAGAAUAUUUGAUUUUGUCAAUCUUUUCUGUUAUUUCAUUGUUGUAAAUAUGUGUCUUUUGCUUUUACAGGAAACUUCAAAUAAAUAUAUUUUUGUACACAAAUGACAAAUUACAGCCUCACGCUCUUGACUCACACCAAGCCAAUGCCACUGUCACACUUAAUCUGACAAAUUCAGCUGUUAAACGCAUAUUAUUGAGUCAAGAUGUUGCUAAACUCAGAUUGACAAAUUUCUUAGUUGCAGUUGGAUCUUGUUGGUGAACGUGGAUAUUUAUCCACAAGAGCUCUUUCUUUUUCAAAAAUGAUGACAGGAAUGUGUCACAGAAUAAUAUUUCUUGUUCAUUCCGAAGCUUUGUCUCCCUCUAUUGGAAAACACAUCCACAAGCAAAUAAAAAGAAAGAUCCUCGA